CUCUUGUUAUGAGUAUAAGAAGAUCGGUAAGGAAGGCAGCGUAUAUAAACUUCUCCUACCCCACAACCACUGACAGCGUCACGUGAUCACUCUCUCUCACACACACACUGCCAAGUUCUUGCACACACCUGACACUCCUCCACCAACCACGUCACUAUGCACCACCCGCUACUAUAGCUCCUCACCAAGCGGCCCCCCUACUACUAUCGCACCAUAUACCAAUCACCACCACACAUCGCCACCCAUCUAACAUCGCGCUGUGAGCCAGUACGAGAUGGCCAAAUGGGCAGAGCUGGAGGCCGUUCUGAGUCAGGUCGCGCCCUUUUUCCUGACGGCCAGCCAGGCCCCGGCCGAGAACGGCAGCUCUUGGAUUGGCGUCGCCGCCGUCGAGGACCCCGGCGGCGUCCCCAACUACAUGAUGAAGAGCGUGUGGUGGGUGAUGUGGUUGACGGUGGUGGAGUACCUGGCACUGUGGCUCCAAGGGGCGCGCCUUCCCGUCCUUCACGACAACGUCGUCUCCCUUCUCCACGCCACCCUCUUCGAAGUCACCAAGGUGUUCGUGCGUGGUCUGGAGUACGGGACAUACACGUGGGUGUGGCAACACUAUGCCCUUCUUCCUUCAUUGGGCAAUUCCCUCCUGGCCAUGGUGACCCUGGUGACUGUGAUCGACUUGAUCUACUACUGGCUUCAUCGCGCCAAUCAUGAGAUCAUGGUACUGUGGGCGAUUCACCAAGUUCAUCACAGUAGCCAGAACCUGACGGUGACGGUGGGGCUCCGUCACUCCCCCUUACAGCGGCUCUUCUCGUGGGUGUUCUACGUGCCCCUGGCCGUGCUGGGCGUGCACCCCGCCCACAUGUUGGCCCACGCUCAGUUCAACACUAUCUUCCAGUGUUGGAUCCACACGCACGCAAUCCGCACCAUCGGCCCUCUACAGUAUGUCUUCAACUCCCCGGCCCACCACCGUGUCCACCAUGGAAGCAACUUAUACUGUCUAGACAAGAACUACGGUGGCAUUCUUAUCCUAUGGGACCGUCUCUUCGGCACCUUCCAGGAGGAGCUGCCGGAUCAAGAGAUCGUCUAUGGUAUUCUCACCCAACCUGACAGCUACAACCCUCUCUACCACCAGGUGUUCUACCUAAAGCUGGCAAUGGAGAAAGCUUGGGCCAUGGGCAGCUGGCGCGAAGGGCUGUGCUCGUUGGUCAAGGGCCCCAGUUGGACGCCCGGGUCCCCUUGGACGGGCUGGGACAAGGACAAGCCCAACAUCUCAGUUUCCCGGGAGUACCGCAGAGUGAGAGCCACCACUCUCACUCACUGCUAUGUUAUUUUGCACUUCCUGGCAGCUCUCACCCUCACAGGACACCUCACUGUUCGUACGAGUGGGUCUCCCAUGGAGGCGUUUGUGUACGGUACGGUGGUGGUGGCCGGGCUGGCAGCCAUGGGCAUGGUGUAUGAUGGGUCCCCUUACACUCGCCUUGUGGAGCUGACCCGAUGCUCUUCUGGCCUCCUGCUGUGCCUUCUGCUGCCUUCUCCCGUCUCCUCCUUCCUCCCGUACCUGGCCACGCUCUACGCCCUCUCUCUUCCUCUCUGGUGCCUCGGCCCCGCUACGGUACUCGGCCAUCCCGGGUACAACAACCUCAACGCCGCCACCUGCAAGAAGUAACUCUUUAAUACUGUUGCAAGCAGUAACUGUUUUUGUCAUACUGUUGCAAGCAGUAACUGUGUUUGUCAUACUGUUGCAAGCAGUAACUGUGUUUGUAAUACUGUUGCAAGCAGUAACUGUGUUUGUAAUACUGUUGCAAGCAGUAACUGUGUUUGUAAUACUGUUGCAAGCCGUAACUGUGUUUGUAAUACUGUUGCAAGCCGUAACUGUGUUUGUAAUACUGUUGCAAGCCGUAACUGUGUUUGUAAUACUGUUGCAAGCCGCAACUAUGUUUGUAAUACUGUUGCAAGCAGCAACUGUGUUUGUAAUACUGUUGCAAGCAGUAACUGUUUGUAAUACUGUUGCAAGCAGUAACUGUGUUUGUAAUACUGUUGCAAGCAGUAACUGUGUUUGUAAUACUGUUGCAAGCAGUAACUGUGUUUGUAAUACUGUUGCAAGCAGUAACUGUGUUUGUAAUACUGUUGCAAGCAGUAACUGUGUUUUUAUUCCUAGUUCAUACAUUAAAAUGUGUUUUAAUAAUAGUGCAAGCAGUAAAUGUGCUUUAAUAAUACUAUAAGCAGUACAUGUGUUUUAAUACUAGUGCAAGCAGUUAAUAUGUUGUAAUGUUAGUGCAAACAGUAAAUGUGUUUAAAUAACAGUACAAGCAAUAAAUGUGUUUAAAUAACAGUACAAGCAGUAAAUGUAUUUAAAUAACAGUGCAAGCAGUAAAUGUGUUUAAAUAACAGUGCAAGCAGUAAAUGUAUUUAAAUAACAGUGCAAGCAGUAAAUGUUUUCAAAUAACAGUACAAGCAGUAAAUGUUUUUAAAUAACAGUGCAAGCAGUAAAUGUUUUUAAAUAACAGUGCAAGCAGUAAA